AUGUGCGCUACUACGAAGAAGUUCUCGACCAAGGCCGCCGAGCCUAGGCCUAGCGCUAAAUCUACCCGGGAAGCGACAGUUUCAAAGUCGCGCCAUUCUACGACCCAUCCCCCUUGGAUUGACAUGAUUACCGAAUGUAUCACCACAACACCCGAUGGAACCCGCCACGGCGUAUCGCGUCCAGCGAUUAAGAAAUUCGUCGACUCAAAGUACCAUCUCGAAAUAAAUCCUUUAGCGUCCAGCCAGCUUAACCGAGCAAUCCAUCAUGGCGCCGAUAAAGGGACCUUUGUCCUGCCAAAAGGCGAGCCUCCCUUUAUCACGGAGCCUUUAUUAUUUUACGCGAUUCCAUAUAGUCGGAGGCACACUGAGGCGGCUAAAGAGAACGCAAAGCCAGGUUCAAAACGUUCCACCGCUGCCAAAGAAAGUCACGUCAUCCCAAUCAAGGCAGCUACUAAAACCGCGGCGAAGAAGACAUCUCGUGCCGCGAAGCCGGCGGCUACCACCGUACCCGCCACACCGCCAAAGUCAAGAGCUGCUGAAAAUAAAUAUCACUCCGCUGCAAAGAAAGCUAGGACGACUGGUUCCUCCACUCGCAGGACGGUCGAAAGAAAGACCGCUACUGCACAAGGGACAGCUAAGAAGGUCAACACCAUCAAAGAUCAGGCGGGGAGCAAUCUCCGCGAAGAGGACUACGAGGGCCACAGCUUCGAAGCAGAGGGCCCGGAAGACUUCUCGCAAGUGACGCAUGUUAUUCAUGAUUUCAGGCUCUUUCUGGCGAAUCAUGGCUAA